AUGAAAUCCUACAAGAUCGCAGCCAUUCCCGCCGACGGGAUCGGCCCGGAGGUCGUGUCCGCGGGCAUCGAGGUGCUGCAGGCGCUCACGGCCAAGCUGCAGAGCUUCUCGCUGGAGUUCACUCACCUCGACUGGAGCUCGGAGACGUACAAAAAGACCGGAAAGUAUAUCCCGGAUGGCGGGCUGGAGGUGCUGAAGAAGCACGAUGCGAUUCUGUUUGGUGCCGUCGGUGCUCCGGAUGUCCCCGACCACAUCUCCCUCUGGGGUCUACGUCUCGCCAUCUGCCAGCCGCUGCAACAAUACGCCAACGUGCGUCCGACCCGCGUGCUCCGCGGCACCCAAUCUCCCUUGCGCGACUGCCCGCCCGGCAAGCUGGACUGGGUGAUCAUCCGCGAGAACAGCGAGGGCGAGUACGCCGGACAGGGCGGACGGUCACACGUCGGAUGGCCGUGGGAGGUGGCGACAGAGACGGCGAUAUUCUCGCGGGUGGGCGUGGAGCGCAUCAUGCGGUUUGCGUUUGAGACGGCGCAGAAGCGACCGCGCAAGAAGCUCACUGUCGUCAGCAAGAGCAACGCGCAGCGCAACGGGAUGGUGCUGUGGGACGAGGUAGCCAGCAUCGUGGCGCGGGACUUUCCCGACGUGCAGGUCGACAAGAUGCUGGUGGACGCGAUGACGACGCGGAUGGUGCUGAAGCCGGAGAGUAUCGACACAAUUGUAGCGAGCAAUCUGCACGCGGAUAUUCUGUCCGACUUAGCGGCCGCGCUCGCCGGCUCGAUCGGAAUCGCGCCGACGUCCAACCUGGAUCCCACGCGGCAGCAUCCUAGCAUGUUCGAGCCGAUCCACGGGUCUGCGUUUGACAUCACGGGCAAGGGGAUUGCCAAUCCGGUGGCGACGUUCUGGACGGCGGCGGAGAUGCUGGGAUGGUUGGGCGAGGAGACGGCGGCGCAGAAACUGAUGGAGUGUGUGGAGACCGUAUGCGCCAGUGGGCUGUUGACGGCGGAUCUAGGAGGGACGGCCACGACGAAGGAGGUGACGGCAGCGGUGGUUGCAGCGAUCCAGCAGCUGUAA